GCGAUAGGAGACACUUCCCAGCGCCUGCGCCCUCUGCGAGUCCAGGGACCCCCGCGCCCACCCCAGACCCACAGUCCUCCACACCAGUUCCCCACACUUGUCCCAGUCGCCGCCUGAGUUCACCCAGCAUCUUUCCAGCGCGGCGCAUCCCCGGGGCCAGCCAGGCCGGUCCCCGGCUAUCAAUCCAUCCUGCCCGUCGGUCGCGUCCGCACUCGGUGCCAUGCCGUUCCUUGGGCAGGACUGGCGGUCCCCGGGCCAGAGCUGGGUGAAGACAGCCGAUGGCUGGAAGCGCUUCCUGGAUGAGAAAAGCGGCAGCUUCGUGAGCGACCUCAGCAGUUACUGCAGCAAGGAUGUGUACAAUAAGGAGAAUCUUUUCAACAGCCUGAAUUAUGAUGUUGCAGCCAAGAAGAGAAAGAAGGACAUACUGAACAGCAAAACCAAAACUCAGUAUUUCCAUCAAGAAAAAUGGAUCUAUGUUCACAAAGGAAGUACUAAAGAGCGCCAUGGCUACUGCACUCUGGGGGAGGCUUUCAACCGACUGGACUUCUCAACCGCCAUCCUGGAUUCCAGAAGAUUCAACUAUGUAGUAAGGCUGUUGGAACUGAUAGCGAAGUCACAGCUCACAUCCCUGAGUGGUAUCGCCCAGAAGAACUUCAUGAACAUCUUGGAAAAAGUCGUGCUGAAAGUCCUUGAGGACCAGCAAAACAUAAGACUCAUAAGGGAACUUCUCCAGACCCUCUACACGUCCUUAUGCACACUGGUCCAGAGAGUUGGCAAGUCUGUGCUGGUGGGCAACAUUAACAUGUGGGUGUAUCGGAUGGAGACCAUUCUACACUGGCAGCAGCAGCUGAGCAGCAUCCAGAUCACCAGGCCUGCCUUCAAAGGCCUCACCUUCACGGAUCUGCCUGUGUGCUUGCAACUGAACAUCAUGCAGAGGCUGAGUGAUGGGCGGGACCUAGUCAGCCUGGGCCAGGCAGCCCCAGACCUUCUUGUGCUCAGUGAGGACCGGCUGCUGUGGAAGAGACUCUGCCAGUACCACUUCUCAGAACGACAGAUCCGCAAGCGAUUAAUCUUGUCGGACAAAGGACAGCUGGAUUGGAAGAAGAUGUAUUUUAAGCUGAUCCGAUGUUACCCAAGGAGAGAGCAGUAUGGGGACACCCUGCAGCUCUGCAGACACUGCCACAUCCUUUCCUGGAAGGGCACUGACCACCCGUGCACAGCCAACAACCCAGAGAGCUGCUCGGUCUCACUCUCCCCGCAGGACUUCAUCAACUUGUUCAAGUUCUGAAUCCCACCUCUUGACGGCACUUCACAAGCCAACCCACCCACUCCCCGCUGAUCGGAUGGCUGGGAAUUCGGAGACUUCCUUUGUAAAUAGUGUACAUUGUAAGCACUGGCUUGAAACUUGUGAGCGAAGUCACUGAGAAGACGUUGGAGGGAAGGGACGAAGCUGCCGAUGGGAACUUACAAAUGUGAACUGCACACUAGAACUGGUACGGAAAUGCGGAAAUACUGUAAAUAGACUUUUUCUUUUCCCCUAAGAAUUUGCCAGCGAGACUCUAAGGGCGAGAACUCUAUGUCUGCCGUGGAAAACGGAGUCCUCCUGAUGUUCAUGGAAACUUCCUAGUUCCCUAGGAGGGAAAAAAAGACGCAAAACUCAAAUACCAGACAGAACACUCUGUUUACAAUGUGAUGGUGUUGUUAAGACAAAAUGAGGAAGAAGGAGAAUGAAUGCUACAACUGAGGAAGCCUUGGGCUUUGGGUUUGGAUUUGGGAUUUGUUGAACAGGCGAAGAAGUCCACCCAUCGGACACCUCCGCAGGCAUAAGGCCUUAUCCUACGAAGAUGCCACACAAUGGUCUACCUCUGAAAGCGUAGCUUGCUCUCUGGCAGCGUGCACUAUCUAUCAGGCAAUGUCUGUGUUUCAUGUAAGUUCUUUCAUCUGUAAAGAGAUCUGAGAUGGGAAGGCUAUUAGAAACAACCCUCUUCUUGGUUCUGACUCCCCUUCCCCUCUUUGCUCCCAGUCUACACCUUCUUUCUUUCCGUGUUGUAGCUCAUGUACGGAACCAGAGGGCCAGCCUAAGAACAGCUCCAGCAGAAGUCACGAAGAACUAGAAUUGGGCACCUGUAGAUGGUGGCGUGGCGCUUCUGAUUUAACUCUACUCUCCUCUAGCUUAACUUCUGGGCUUGUCUGGUCUUCCAUGGGUGUCGUCAUGGAUUAGUGAAUGUCUGUGAACUUAGUGGAGUCUAAGAACUGAGGCUUGGGAGAGACAUUUUUCACACCAGCCAAUUAAGCAUUCUGAUAGCUGCUGCUUCCUCUUGGCGGGGUGUUGAGCUGAGGCUCUUUCUGUUCUUUAGGUUUAGCAUCGAACUUGAGUCAUCCUGAAUGGGGACUUUUCACAUGUGUGAUUUAAAAGAAAGCCUGGAGUUCCAGCUAGAUAGGGAGCUGAGUUCAUCUUAAGCUUGUUUCGGGACUGAGUUAAAACAAAGAGAGGCAAAAGACAAAGGAUCCCAGGGGGUCUUGCAAAGCAGAGAUAUGAACACUGUGGAAGAAAGCAAAUCUCAGGACUUCAGGAGUUAAUUCCUGGGGUGGGGGAAAUGUUAUUUUUUACUUUUUAUAGAUUGUUGCUUUUCUACAAUGUACAUAUAUUUGCAGUUGUAUUUGCUUUUUUUAAAAAAAAAAUCUCCAAAUAAAACCACCACUAUGCACGUCCUUGGUAAAUAAUCAGAAGUAGGAAUGUGUCCACAUAGAUGUUAAGUGAAGGAUUGUGUAACCUGAAGCAUUGAUGCUUGGGGUGAUCCUCGAAGGAAAGGAAAGGUGACCGAGCAUACAUAGAAACAAGGGACAGUCAACACCUCUGCCUUCAGUAAUAGAGUACGCUCAGGUCAGUGCCACGUGGGCAGAUGAAGUCUGCAGGGUUCCCUAGUUUGCAGUAUCUGUACUUACACCAAAAGUUCUCCAUAUUUCCUUCUUCCUUGAGGGGGAAAUUAAGUUGAAUUCAGAGGCCUGUAAUGAGGAAAGGGAACUGUAAAAGAACAAGAUUUGAUGUAUAAAGCUGAACUUUAGAGACUACAAACCUGUAACAGCUAGGAGUUUUCCUAUUUGGUUUUGUGGGUUUUUUAGUUUUUUGCUUUUUUUUUUUUUAACUCUUCUCCCCAGAAUUAUUUUUACAUUAAGAUUUACAUUAAGGGCUUAGACUAGGAAAGAAAAGAAAGGAAAGGAAAGGAAAGGAAAGGAAAGGAAAGGAAAGGAAAGGAAAGGAAAGGAAAGGAAAGGAAAGGAAAGGAAAAAAAGAAGGAAGGAAGGAAGACAUUUUUUCCAUAACUGUCAGACUCUACUAUACCUCACCUUCUGUAAGUGGGGUGGAGCUGGGUCUGCCAUUGCUAUGGAAAGCUCUGGAAACAGUGACUCUAAGUGACACUGUUAAGGUUAGGGGAUCAUGGCCUUUCACAUGUUCUUAUCAGCUUGUUACCACCGCUUUGUCAACUUGUUUAGAGAUGGAAAGUUGUUGGGACCUUGGGGUUUAUUUACAGUUCCAGCAACUUUGCCUGCUUUGAACUGCCAGCAGAAAACUGGCGAGCCAGUCUCGUGGAGUGCCAACAAUGCACAAGGCAUACAUCCUACAUGCCCCAGGCAACCAUCUGUCUCUGUGUAAAAUGACCCUGACCCCAAGCAGUGAGGUCCCAGCUUUUUGAAAUGUUGGCUAGGUGCCUGCAGAUCCUCCAUGAACCUUGGUGUCAUUGGAUAUGGUAUGCGACACAGCCCAAGAAUUGAUUUCAAAGGGAAAAGGAGCAUGUAUGGGUCACUUUCAUUGGUUAGUAGAAAAUAGGAAGGAUUGGCAGGUGGAGAGGGAGUGGGGGAGGAGUAGUAAUGGAUCAUCUUUGAUGUCGUGUAGCAGGAGGAGCAAUGGAGAGAAGAGCAGGCAAGAUAUCCAUAUUAGGGCAUGGCCAGAGCCUCACAUACAAGUGACGGGACUUAAAAAGUUUUGCUCCUAGAACAGGAAUAAGUCUAUAGAAUUCCUCCUGGCAAACCCACCCAGGACUCCCAGACCUAAGACACAAAAACCUGGCCCAAGCUGCUACAAAAGUGAGAGGGGCGUGGAUAUAGAAAUUGCUGGAAGAAUUUUUUUCCAACACAAAGAAGAAAUCUGUUUUCUCUCUCCUACUGUACCCUCCUGUCCCUCCUCUGCAUGUUGUAAAACAGAACUUGAGUAAUGCCCACUCUGAAGUCGUUCAGGCAGCAAGAGAGGGAAAAGGUUCUUUCCAAGUCAUAUGAGCAAACCCAGGGAGAUGGUGAAUCAAAACUUACUUAAGAACAAUCAGCUGAGAGUCUCUGAAGAGAGAGAACCAUUCCAUAUAGAGUUUAGGAAUGCUCCUUUUAAAGCAAGAGCCAGUAAAAAAAAAAAAAAAUCAGCCCAGUGAUACUGCCAACUAGCUCGGGUCAUUACUCAGCGCGGUUGAGUGGACAGGUGUGUCAGUCGAAUGGGGGAGAAAGGGUGGCAGAAAGGAUCCGAAGCCACAAGGUGGGAUCCCGAGCCCAUCAGCUGGGAGAACUUUCUGACUAGUAAUGACCAGUUUCAGGUGGAAGUGGUCUGGAUAAGAUACUUGCGCUGCAAAAGUUCUCAGCUGACGAUCCCAUCUCCUUGUGACCGUGAAGCCAGCUGGUGGGUGGCUCAUCCCUGUGGCCUCACAACGUGAGGAGGCUGCUCUUGACACAGAUGCCUUAUUUUUAUUGUUUACCGUGGAAGAGAAAAGGUUGGGAAUUUGGUUUGUCUAAGCAGUUGGUAUGAUUCACAGAGAGAGAAGGAGAGAGAAGUCGCCGCAGGAGACGUUUAGGGGUAUAUGGUUCUCGGCGUUGGAAACAAUGUUUAUUAUAAAACACGCACCUGGGUUUAUAUUUUUCUGCCUGGAUGUGGGGCAAUAACAUCUUGCUGUGCAAACACUCUAAAUUUUAUGUGUGAAUUUUUGACUGUAAUUUUAUGUGUGCAUUUUUUAACUAAACUCUAUCAUUUUCUAUGUUGACAUCUGUUGUUGUUUUUUUUUUAAUCUGUUUCCAACUAUCUGAGCCUGUGAACCAUCUCUUCUGACUGGAUGCUGGCUUGAAACCCGUUAGUGCUUAAACAGACUUAGAAACACCCCGAACCUCUGGGCAAACGCAGGGAUGUUACUCUUUGAUGUAUAAUGGGCCAUCUAUGGCUCAACAAACAAGGUAGUAAUUCUUCUAAAGUCCUAUGUUUUCUGUCAAUGUUUUCUUCUCUGCUUUGCUGAAACAGAAAAUAACAAAACCACCUUUGGUUUUCUAAAUGAAGGAGAUUCCCAUCCCAGAAUUUAGACCAAGGAGGGUUGUUAGAGAGGAUGCAAUCUGACGUUUCUGCCUUUCAAGAUGCGGAAGCCUUUCCAGAACUGGGGGACUGGGAGGAGGGUGGUCUUCCUCUGCAUCCCUUGGGAAGUCAACAGAGUUGAACAGAGACCUGAAGCUUCCUGAUGCCAGAGCUGUGAGUCCUAAGCACCUUGUGGGUAUCCGUAGAUUCAUGACACUCGGUAUGAUUCUUCCAAAGCCCCUCACUUUGGGAGGCCAUCCCACGAUGGGGGUCUGCCACCAAGUCUUCCAAACCUUCUAAGGCUGGUUCUUAUCAGAUAAGCUAAGACAUCCCUUUUGGUUUUCACACCCUCUCAUUCUGCUGCUACCACGGCAUUCCACUGAGCACAGCUGCUUAGUAGGAAGCAACUAGCAUGCCUGGUGUGUGGUGCAUACCUGUAAGCUGCAGAGGCGGGAUAACUGGACUUGUUUCAAAAACAGCCGGAAGCAGAUGGCAUGCUUUGACAAAUUCGUCCUUUCCCUUGGGUUUUUACAGCAUGCCCUUAUAGGAAUAAAUACAGGGUCCUGGGGAGUUGGCUGGUUGAUAAAGUGCCUGCUAUGGAAGCUUGGGGACCUGAGUUCCCCAUCAAAUGAAUUCCUUGUCAAAACCAAGAAUGAACUUUAGUGCAUGGGGAGUUGAUGGGCCAGCCAGUUUAAAGAAUCAAGUGAUACCCAGGCUCAGUGAGAGACCCUGCCUCAAAAAGAAAAGUGGACAGAGAUCCAGGAAGAUGCCCAAUAUCUGCCCUGACCUCUAAAUGCCUAUGCAAGUGCACACACAUACAGGCAUACUAGCAUGCAUGCAUGUAUACAUGUGCACACGCACACACACGUGCAUGCAUGCAUGUGCAAAUAUACACAAAAGAAUAGCUAAGUGUUGACCUUGCUCCUGCUGGUACCCCUGAAAUGGAAAGGUACAUUUAAGCCAUCCAUCCUCCUUCCUGUUCCUCUUACCGAUGAUCCCCACUAUAAGAUCCAGUGAGGUUCUAUCUGGUGGGAGUUCAUUCUGUUCGACCUUGUUUGCAUUUAGCAGAAUUUAACCCAUAAGGCAAGGGAUGGUGAUAGCCAUGAUUUUUGUCUGGUACGCCUUUUUCAAAGUGUCCUUGACUUCAGCUAGCAAAGCUUCUUGAGAAAGCUCUCUAAACUUAGUCCCUCUCCAAUUGGCUGGAAAUGGAUGGCUGGCUACAUCCGAACACCAAAUUUUUGGAUGCUCUGGAUGCUUCAGCAUUACUGAAUAUGACUCUGUCUGUGAGUAUAAUAGACACAUUUGUUAACUGUGCGCAAGGCUGUUUGACAGAUGGCUCCAAUCCCUGCUCCAUAUUUGGGGAGCCUUUGGUGUCGUCUUUUAUACUACCAAAUGCCAGUCACGCUGGCUAAAGAGUGUAUAUUAUAGUCCGUGUCUAAGCUUAGACGCUUUAAGUGUACUUUUUAAAGAAGAAUAUUAGAGUGGGUGGAAUGUUUUAACUAAAUGUAUAAGGUUAGACGGAUUACAUGCAAAACUGAUUGUUCAAUAUUAAAUAAUCUGAGUCCUGUAUAACUUAUUUGCACACCUUUCCUGCAUGAUGAACGGACUUUUUUUAAUAGUUGUUUGUACCAGACAGUGGCAUAUUUUUGUAAACAUUUUUUGACACUGAGUUUCAAUAAAUGUUUUUCCAACAAUGCA